UUUCCCCUGAAUAAGCAAGGGCACCACUUCUAACAAAUGAGAAUAAAGAAGAAUCACCACGCGUAUCAACCGCACGCCCAGCCGAGCGCCUCUUGGCUUCGAAGAACAAGAAGAAUUCGUACCACUGCCGGCAACAACUGCUGUCAUGCACUUGCGGAAGCUCACGGCGAAGAAGUCGAAGCCGGGAAAGGCGGAGGGCCACAAGGAGGGUUCGAGAGCUUCUUUCGAGAGCAGAAUCUCUCAGCAUUCCCAGCCCGCGGUGCCCCCGGGCUACGUGCCACCUGUCGGAGGUCAUAUGAAGGGUUCUUCGCAACGACAGAUGUCGCCCAGUUCACCGCGCUCUAACGACAACGCCGCGGACUUUGGCUCGCACGAAGCAGAAAAGAUUGCGGCCGUCUCGAGAGCUAGCAUGUCAACUAUGGCGAAGACGAGUCCUGCCUCACCCAGCUCGCCUCCGGCGAAUAAAGGCGCUGCCUCUGCUGAAGGCUGUGACACGAAGCGAAAGUCUAUUCCUAAAAGUGGUUUCCGCGAAGGCAGCCAUGGGGCUUCAACGUCACGGGAAGUCGCGGGACUUGGGGUUCGGGCGCUGAAUGGCAGCGAGGAUGCGCGGCUGAAAGGCAUGCAGCAGUACAGCGGUGAGAAAGUGUUCUUCCUGACCAUGUGCCACACACUCUGUGAAGUGGACGGCCGAGGAAGCGCCUGGUCGCCGGCAUGCAACGCAGCCGCCCGAGAGUUCGAGCCGUUCGCGAAAGCGUUUGGUUGUGUGGGCGGGUCUUCUAUGAACCCGAAGGAGAAGUGUAAUUUUUUCUAGCGCCGACACCGCCUGACACUCAGCGCUGGUCACACCGAGCCAUGGACGCCGCUCCAGACGCUGGGCGUGGAACAUCACCUAUACUCGAUGCUCCAUCGGCUCUAAAUGGCGACUUCGAUGAGUCGAUAGCAAAUUAUACCUUGAUAUGCGCGGGCUUUAGUCUUCUAUGACCGUAUUUUCAUUUUGGUUUUCGCGUUUUCGUUUUCAGUCUCGCUUGUAUAGCUUGAGAAGUGCUCCCUUCGGAUUGCUACUUUUCGCACGUGUAAGAUUUUGUACGAACUAUUAUGUUGGCUUUUGACUGGCUCUUGUGUGUACACAUGGUGACACUUUCUCAAUACCUGCGCAUAACUGUCCACUGGUGACCAGUGGCGUGCCCUGUUCUUGAGUACUGCCAAGAUCCCUCAUAUCUUGCGUCUGGCGAGAUCAAACUAGUUAAAGUUGUGUGUCUAGAACUCGCCAGUUUUAUAUUGCAUUGUGUGUGUUGUUACAGCAUAAAUGCGCACAUUUUGUUUAAGUCCAUUUGUAGGAACGUCUACGAGCGCUGUUUUCGUUUAGCAUGAGCAAAAAUUCCAGUUAUUUCGAAAGCGUCACAAAACUUCUUACCUAGUGUAAGCUCGGCGGUUCGUACUGACCUACUGACUGCAAAAUUUUACAGUAACUACAUUCAUGCAAAG